AUGGCUAGGCUCUAUGUGUUUACAACACUGUCGGUUGAUAAGAUUCGCGCCAUCAUCAACGGACAACAGCCUCCCGACAAGACUAUCCAGCAGAGCUCCGCAAACAAGAGACUCCAGACGCUCUUUGACAAGGAGCCGCGAUGGCUUCAUCCCAAAGACGAAGACGAUAUGGGGCGGCGAAUCACCGAGCUGGCCAACUCGCCAGUUCAACUCAGUGCUGCGUCAGAAGUGCACUUUCCCUCUGCUCACGAGGACCAAGGACACUCCCCGUUCUAUGGUGGGAGCGAUUACCAUGAAAGCAGCGUGGGAGCGGGAUCAAGGCCGUCGAGUGCGUCCCCAAGCGAUGCAUAUUCGGACUCGAUCCAUGGUCGCGAUAUCUUCAUGGAAUCGCAAGCGUCCAAAUCCUGCGUCCUCUUCGACAUACCGGAGGAAAGCCCCAGCCAGAGCUGCGGAUACCGGAGUAACUCUAUGGGUGUUUGUUCAAGCGAGGGCCCGUUUGCCAAGUUCCUCCGCGCGACAACUUUCAUGACUGAGUCAAGUGCCAACACCACGGGCACAUUCAGGAAACACCUUACUGAAUAUUCAGAACCUUAUGUCAAGGUAGUCAAGCGUCUCGUCAAGAGGUUCACUUCACCGGCAGCCGGCCUGGAGAGCAUGUCUCAAGAACACAACAUGCGUGUGGCUUGGAACGAAGACUGGAUCGGCGGCCCUGAAGCAGCCACGGUGUUUAACAUCGAUGUUCCUUUACCGGGACACCUCCUGAAUGUGGACUUUUCCGCCCGGUUCGGCCAUAUUCGCAGCAUUGCGCCGACAUGGGAGGACUGGUUAACCCAGUCUCAGGGAACUUUCCACUGGAUGACACCUGAAGGACCAUCGCCUGGUGCUCACAUGUACAUCUCUACGCAAACCAGCAGACAUGAUGCUCUGCUGCUGGAUCGCCAUCGGCACACCGUGCUGCAUUUCCUGGCGGCUUACGCUCCCUUCCCGGUAUUAUACCAAGCUCUCGCAAGCGGUACCGUCAAGGACAUUGUCAAUUAUCAGAAUACUGCGGGGCAAACGUUCAUGCAUGUCCUCAGAGAUGAUGUAUCUGUUGGUCCUGAUCAUAUUGAAGAAUUGAUCAGAGUUGCACGGGCCUUGAACUUCAACAUGCUUGCGCGAGACUGCUACGGCCGCUCUCCCUUACAUGUUCUCACCAUGCAGGGCAAGACGAUACGCUUACAUUCUUUGCACGAUCUCGACCCUCGUGAGUAUCUUCAACGCGAUGCGCUCGGCUUUGUACCCAUCGUUGAGAAUCUCAGUCCUGUACGGCCCCACUUUGGUGAUGGGCUGAGUUCAGAUGUGUUGGGGCUACGUCAUUACGCAAUACUGCAUCCAGCCCUCGACCCUACACUGAGUAACGAUCCUGCGGUGUCGCAAGAGAGUCAGCUUGUGCAAAACAUCAGGGUAUCGAUGGAGAAUCGGUACCAUGAGGAUGAAUUCGGCCACAAUGGACUCCAUUGCCUUGCCAUGGCGACGUUAAGUUUGGGCAGCAUCGCGGAGAAACACGGAUUGGAUAAGGGGACGGAGAGCUUCGGCCCACGCGAGAACCGAAAGGUGGUAGAUUCGUCAGAGCAGAUAAUGGAACUUCGGCUUGAUCUACUGAGGGCUUUGCUUGAUGCUGGGCAAGAUCCGAACCAUAGGGACGUGUUCGGCAACACUCCUCUCAUGGCAUUCGCUGCGGCACUGCCUGAGGAGAAUGAAUACAAGCGUGGGCCUCUCAUCUUGCAACUACUCAUUGAGAGGGGAGCCGAUGUCGAGGCACGCAACAAGAGAGGAGAGACGGCGCUGCACAUUGCCGUGCGCUUCCACCGAAAGCUCGCGGUUAGAACCCUGGUCAAGGGGGGAGCCAACGUUGAUGCCCGAAAUUGCGAGUUCCAAAGCCUGCUCGAGGUUUGUGACGAGAAGAUGCAGUCUGAGCCUCAAGCGUACUCGAAAUACUUGGCAUGCCGAGGUUGGUUGAGCGGCGCGGCUCAUGCGGUGCAGUCUCCCACUUUUUGGCAGGAAUGGGAGGUCAAAAACCGUGUGCUCGUUGAAUGA